GUUUUUCUGAAGCUGAGAGCAUUUAGAUUUAAGGAAGUGAUGUAUCCUUGUGCUGCAAUCCAGGAAACAGAUUACAUUCCCCAGCAAAGUUUACAUUUCUGUGUAACUUUGUCAUUUUUGUACAGAGCUGCUACCUGUAUGAAAAUAUUACAUGUUAAACCUUCUGUUUUCCAUUUAAAUUUUAUCAUUUAACUCUCCUUUUUAUUCUUUUUUUUUUAGAAUUUGGGUUGUCAAGAAUUCAUAAUGAACAGCCUUUUUUUGUCUCUCUUACUUGUCUCUCUUCUGUUUAUGAAAAGCUUUUCUGAAGGGCAAGGAAAGAAAUGGAAAGGUGAAGGUACAACACAAAACCUGGAAAGCAUUGUCAUUGGAAGGUGUUAUGAGUACACUAUAAUUGUGAAUCCUUCUGUUGGUGAGAAGAAUUGUUCAGCGUUAUGGGAAGCUUUUAAAAAUGCUUUUAUUAAGAAGGAUCCUUGCAACAUUCUACCUACAGACUAUGAAUUAUUUAUUAACCUGUCACUGCACACAAUUCCACCUAAUAAGUCUCUCUUCUGGGAAAAUAAUCAGCUGCUAGUCAGUAGAUUUGCUGAUAAAACUCGUCGCUACAUGUCCUUGGCUGAUACUCUGUUUGGCUUCUUUGGAGAUUUGCUGAACUGGUGUGGUCAGGCAAACAGCACUGGACUGGACUAUGAUUCCUGCCCUACCACGGAAGAAUGUGAAAACAAUGCAGUGGAGUCUUUCUGGCGGAUGGCCUCAAUGACUUAUGCACAGCACAGUUCUGGGGUGAUACAUGUCCUAUUGAAUGGUUCUGCAGAAGGAGGAGCUUAUCCAGUCAAAGGUUUUUUUGCAGACUUUGAAAUACCUAAUCUCCAGAAAGACAAAAUCUCAGAAGUUGUCAUCUGGGUUGUAGAUGAUCUUGAAGGACCUGAUAGAGAUUCCUGUGGAAUUCAUACUGUAGAGAUUUUAGAAAACAGAUUGAAAAACCUUGGUCACAAUGUCACGUGCACUGACAAUUAUAAGUCUGUAAUAUUCUUACUCUGUGUGGAUCAUCCCGAUCAUUCUAAGUGUGCUUUUUCAUCGUUUUUGCUAAUUCCAGCCUAAAUUUACUUGGCCUUUUAUUCAAGAGAGAAAGAAUACAAUCUGCCAAAUUUUGCAGGCAGCUGUGUUCCCUUCUAAGUGAAUUACAGGAGACUCACUUCUCCCACUGCAGCAGUGCUGCUCAGAUGCAGGCUGGCAGGCAGAGGGGUUAGGGCAAGAGGAGCCUCUGAGGAGAGCACAGCACACGGACUCCCAUCACACAGUGCUGGAGUGUCCACCUUUCUGGGCAGCCCCCUCUUUACCUACCUCCUGCUUUCUUCCCUGCCACACACAGCAGAGAUGAAUCUGGUCUCAGUUCAGAUGAGUUACUUCAUAUUUUUACCAGAACAGAUGAGUGAAAAAUUACGAUAUUAGAAGUUUCAUAGGAGGAAAAUGAAGCAGAAAAUUAUAUUCAAUAAUAACACAUUUCAUUUAAGUAGUACAGAGUGAAGUAAAGUAAUUAGUCCUUUAUUUGUGACCAUUUGACUAGGAAUACCUCUGCACUAUGUAAACUAUGUAAGUGUAGUAAGUUCCCCAAGUGCAGACAGAGGGGUCCUCCAGACUUGUAUGUCUGGAUUAACUUGAGCUACACCAUAUGAGUUACAAUAAUUAACAAAGAAACAAUAUUUAUUUAUCCAGUAAUUGCAUUUGCCUGAACAUCUCUUACUGAUUACACUUGAUGUUGUCUGAUACCAGGUGCUAACUAGUGCUUAGAUGAAUAAUUAACUAGGAAAGUCAGGUACUGCAGAAAACAGGUCAAGAGCUUGGCCAAACUAGACCACCAAACUGUAGGAAGAUACUUUUAUCCCAUUUGCAACAGGUAAAGUCAAGAGAGGAGUGCUCAGAAAAUAACAGGUAUUUUAUGUUAUACAGUAAGUCAGGGUCCAGCUGUGAAAAAGCUCCACAGGUUGCACUAUGCCAUUUUGAAGAGCAGCCAUCAAACAGACAAAUGAACAGAAAUAAGUAUUCCAUGGCAUUUUCAGCCGUGCAAUCUCAAAUCCCAACUGUAGGACAUGCUAGCAUAUAUUGUCCUUCAUUCUUACUUUUUCCUCUGCUUUAAUGAAAGGUGCCAGUAAAUCCCGAGUUGCUAUUUCCAGAAAGCAGGUUGAAUACACUUUGAACUUCCUCUCUCACCGCUGCCCAUUAGCACAGGGUUAAAUAAACAAAGAGCUGCUGGGAUCAUAUAAAAGGAAGAAGAGUGGUGACAAGCAAAGUAUAUGGCAUAUACCAUACAAAAAGAAGUUAAGAACAGAAAGAAAAAUUAUUCAACAAACCUGGAAGCCACAUCAUCAGAUCCUGGACAAAUAUUUAAAUGCAUACAUACAAAAGUGUAUUUUAAAUUGGUGUCAGCCAGAUCUUUAUCCGUUAACCAGAUCUUUGUCUUGUUUUUCAAGCAAUAGUGUUCAAGGUAAACUGAACUUUUAAACCUUCACAUAGAUCCCUUCCAAGUGGCUAAGCUACCCUCUAUAGUUCUUUUAGGGGAAAAUUUGUGAUUUACACACUCCUUUGCCUCCAGUUUAGAGCCCAUUUCUGUAUUAACCUUGUUUCAUUAGUUGCAUCAGUGGGAUGGGAGCCUGCUGGAUACUUCCCUUCAGAAUAUGUGAGCAGCAUAAUGAUUAGUACUGGACAGAAAACAAACACUCUAUUUCAUGAAAGUUGGAGAGAUUUCUGCAUUUGUUUUUACUGUGCACUAAAGCAGAACUAAACCUUGAAAAAUGUUUUGCAGAAUAAGUACAGCAACCUCAUCAGACUAUUAAAUAGCCCCGGGCUAGAUGCCUGCUCAGGCAAUCAGAACUCAUUGUAAGAUCCCUAACUACUAGCUGAUAGAUUUGCUUUCUCUCUUACUUUCUUGCAAUCUCUUCUGUUGUAGCUCUUCUAUUUUGUAUAAAUUAAACAUUUCUUGAGUAAAAAAUAUAUUCUUCAUAACCAUGAAUGCAUGAUUCAUUAAACUUGGAUCUCCCACUCUGCAGAUCAGUGCUUUAACCACUGUACUCCUGAUUGUGUUUUUUUCAAAAUUCUGUCUUGGAUUUUAUUUUCUGACAUGGCUAAAUAGAAAGACAUAUCAAAAAAGGUGAGGAUACUGAAGAAUGGAGCAACUUGUUCUCUCAAACUGUCCUAGAGCUACUCUAAAGCAUGUGUGUCCAGUCUACCUCCUUCCCCUCCAACCGUUUAUAUAGGGGAUCUCAUAGUGUGUUGCUCAGUAAUACAACCAAUGCAGAAACUCUAGCUAUGACUUCGUUCUGUUACAAACCUGCCACUUUUGCUGAGAAAGCAAUUGUGAACUGCAAAACACAAAGAGCAAUAACAAUGACAGCAGGAAAUUCUUCUGGCAGCAGAAAAGCUUCUGAGGCACCUUUGAGGGUGCCAGGCAGUAUGUGAAGUGGAAUUAGCAGAUGGCCUGACACUCAGGAGAAACAGCAAGGAAACAAACAGGCAGGAAUGAGAGGAAGAAGUUUGGUUCAGAAGGGGAGGGAUUUCUGAAUUCUUUGAGAUCUUUGUUUGAAAGAAACAAAGAAAAACUCAGUUAGUGUCCAUUUUUCCUAUCUCACACUGAAUAGUAUAGUCAGUGUUGUCAUGACUCCCACUGGCUAAAAGUGAGCUUACACAGCAACAAGUGGAGAAGCAAGUCCUAAUCAGACAGACAGCUGGAAAGUAAUUAGGGCAGGCAUGUCUAUGCAGGGAAUUACUAAAUAUUGCUAUUCCCAAACACGCCUUCCCCGAAUGUGAGCUUUAAAUGCACAUCCCAUCAUCACAUUAUUAAUUUGUGAGGUAGUCUGGACACUAGCAAAGUUUGAAACAUCUGAGUUGCAGAACAAAUCUCAUGACUUCUGAGAAAGAUCAGGGUACAUCUACAUUCUUGUCGGCAUAUCUCACUGGAUACUCAAUCCUACUGAAUUAACCUGACUGGCCAUAAAUCACUUUGUAGAAACAAGCAGCUUAAAAAUCUAGUCGUUCCAAUGUCAAUUCAGCCAUCAGAGUACAAGACUGAGGGAAGAAGCAGGUCACUAAUUUAAUGAUCCUAAGCCCUGUUAUGGACCCCAAAAAAACUCUCAUCAGUUUUGCUAUCUUUGUAGUCUGCUGUGAAAUAGUGACAUGUAAAAGAUGGGAGCUAAUUUUUUGUGCAGUAUUUGCUAGGAAUUUUCUGAUCAAAAAGGCUUUUAGAAAAAUUAAUAACAGUACAGCUAAGAAAAGCCUUUCAAAAUAUCCCUGAAUCUUUACUUAGGACUACAGAAGAACUUCUUGGGAAUAUAAGCAAACAGCAAUAAUUUCUCAAACCUAUCCAAGCAAUCAGAAAGGUCUGGAAAGCUAAUUUACCAAUCAGGAAAAUUUAGCAGUUAUAAAGAACUUUCUCUUCCAUACUAGAGCACACUGCUAGUGAACAAAGCACUUUUUAAAACCUCAGAAAUGACUGAUGGAAGAAUGUCAGACACCUUGUCUUGUAAAAACCUGAACAUCAUGAUUCUGUGAUAUACGUCUGUAUGUUAUAGCAACAAAUCUUCCAAAAUAAGAUCCAUGAAGCUGGCCAGAAAAGGUAGUUUCUUCCACAACCUAAAAGGCAUUAUAGAGAAGAUGGAACCAUACUUUUCUCAGAGAUGCACAGUGAAAAAACUAGAGGCAAUGGUCAUAAGGUGCAGCAAAGAAAAUUCUCAUUAGACAUAAAGAAGGAAUAUUUUCACCAUGAGGGUGGUCAAACGCUGGACCAGGUUGCCCAGAGAGGUUCUGGAUUGAAAAAAAAACCUAUAAAAUCCAUUGGGGGGGGGGGGGUUCAAAUCUGCACUGGACAAGGCCCAAGCAACCUAGUCUAGCCUCCAAAUGUGCCGCGAUUUGAGCAGGUGGUGGGACCAGAUAACCUCCAGAGGUCCCUUCCAACCUUCAUUAUCCAAUGAUACUAUGAUUUUUCCAAGAAUGGAAGUUGCUGACUCUUUUCUGUCUGGAAGGGCCUGCCAUGCAUGUUACUGGUCCCUUUUUGAUUUCAUAAUGCUAAUGCCUAACUGGCAAGACAGCUUUAUUUUUCUAACAUAUUUAGCUGUCCAUAGAGUUUUAGCAAUCAGCCAUACUGGGUGUGUUUAUUUGAAAACCUGAUGGCUAACAUGCUGUAACAAGGACAUUUAAGAUUCUACUUUAGACUGUACAAAUAAUAUUCCACAGUAUGUUAGCCAGUUGCAGUCAGUCUUAAGCUGCUUGGAGCUCUACCCUUAUACAUAAUUAAUUUCAGCCACUGUCUUCAAGGAAAGAGUAGCUAGAUUUUCAUCUGUCUUCUAUUCCCCAAAUCCCAAUAUCUUUGGAAACCUUCCUGAUUAAGUUCUUUAUUUCCAUUAGAUAUUCAUUGGAAAGCAUGAAGAUCUGUCUGCAUUCUGCACAUUGUUACCACACAAUCAUAGCUUCUUAGAAUUAUAGAAUAAUACAGGUUGGAAGGGACCUCUCAGAGAUUAUAGUAACCUUGCAGUGACGUGGGCCAGCUUGCCCUUAGUACCCUCGGAUUCAUCCCAUCUAGGCCAAGGGACUUAUAUAUAUUCAGUAUGCUUAAGUGAUCUGUAACUCAGUCUUCCUGUGCUAUGGAUAAUAAUUUUCUCCCCAGAACUCUUGACAAGGCACACUAGGCACAAGGAUCUAGGAAGCCUGAGAGCAGACCUUGCCAAGGAAGAGCGAGGAGUCAUCUGUGCUUUUUCAGUGAUGUCCUUUAUCACUAGGUGGUCACCCACUGAGCAGUGGGCCCAUAUUUUCCUUGGUGUUCCUUUUGUUGGUGGUGUACCUGUGGAAGCUUUUUGUUGCCCUUCACACCUCACCAGUUUUAACCUCAGUUCAGCUUUGGCUUUCCUAUUUCCUUCCUUGCAAGUCUGGGCAAUGCUUGUAUAUUCUUCCCAGAUAGUCCACCCCACCUCCACUUCCCUCCAACAUUUAAGCUCAGUCAGGAAUUCCCCAUUUGGCCAAGCUGGCCUCCAGCCACACCUUCAACUUCCUGCAUAUCAGGAUAGAUCAUUCUUGUACUUUGGAGAUUGUCUUUGAAUCAGCUAGCUCUCUUGGGAUCCUUUGAUCUUCAGGGCAGUGUCCCCUGGGAUCCACCAGGUAUUUGGAAAAGCCACAGUCAGUCAGUCACAAAUGUUUCUAUCACACAGAACUGAAUGCAUCUAUAGUUACGUGUCUUUGUUGCUUCAUAAGUCCAUUUUCAACACUCCCUAAUCACUAGUCACUUCUGACUAAUUGUCAGUUCUGAUCAUAAAAUACCCCAUCCUACUGAUUAGCAUCUAGAAAUGGGUCACUGGCUUUAUAGGCUUUGAGAAAACUUCUAUGAGAUCAGUUCAUCCCUAGUAAAACACCGUGAAGCACCUAUCACUGCACCAGAUCACUUCAAGGACAGGCCCAUCAAUGCUGAUGCCCAGCACCAGAACAUUUGACUGAUGAAUCCUGGGAGAUUGAUUUUGUAUCCAUGAGCAAAGACAAAAAGUAGAAGUGAGGCAGAGGCAGAGAACUCUGGCAAGAGUCAGCGAGUAGGUAGAAUAUUUGGGGAUGACAAGGGGAAAUCUUUGUGAGCAACCCAGACAGGUCUACAUACUGGCCCAUGCCCAUCUAGCUUAUUCCCAAUUGCAGAUCUGAUAGAUGGUAACAGACUAGAUCAGCCACAGGAAUGAAAUAGCUUUGUGCUGGAGGUCUGAAGACAUCCACCUUGCCCUUCAGCAGUGCACUAGUAUUGUACUUCAGAAGCAAGGGGCAAAAGGUUGGGGGAAGGGAGAAUGACUGGGAAGUUGUGCAAAUACAGGAAUGUUUUGUGUUGAAAAGAGACCUCUCAUUUUGCACAUUGCUCUAUCAUGUGCUGCUUUGCUGACCCUUUCUGGCUCUGCAGCUCAAAAAUUGUCCAGCUGAUAUGUGUGCUUCUUCACAUUUAUUUGCACAAAAAGCAGAAACACUACCACAUUUGUUAGAUUUUAUCUAUAUUGCUUUUUUUCUUAACUAUUCCCUAAACUUCCUGUGUAAGCCUUGAGAUGAGAGGAAACCACACUACCUACAGUCAAGAGUGUCUGUAGGGUAAUGAAAAGGUCACUGGCAAAAUAACGAGACAAAGUGGUGACAUUUGGUCCACCUACACUCUUUUCAUGUAUGAGAACGCAUAGGAAAAAAAUAGUACAUUCCAGCUGAGAGAGCAGAAUGCUUUACUGAGAAAAGACAGGCUUCUUGCUUGUUAGCAUGGGCUGAUCUAAGAUUCUCAUUUCCCCCAUCUUCAUGGAAAUACAUGUGUCUAUAAACACAACUAGUUUUGCGCUUAGAGCAUUAAUUGGUUCAAUGACCUAAUUAGACCUAUAUCAGAUACAAACUAAAUCACCAUUCAGAGAAGACAGCAAUUUAACAGAAUAAAUCUAGGAUCUAAGACAUACAACAGCACCAAACCCUCAGCUUCAGUUGCUUAGAGAAAGCAAAGCCGGUUUCUGUGCUUGCCACAUGAUUUAACAAGUAGCAGUUUUGUUGCCGCAAGUCAACAGAGCCCUACAUUCUGUAUGCAAACUGCACAGGAAAACCAGAAAAGGUUUAUGAAACAGCUUCUGUGUGCAAUGAGGCAGAUAGAUAGAUAAAAUGCAUGUGAUAUACUUUCAAAGAACUGAAAAAAUGCUGCGAGUAUAAAAAAUAAGGUGAUGAAACACUGCAGUAUCAAUCGGAUUAGCUGAGAAAGAUAUGAAAUGAAAUCACCUAGCUAAUCAGCUAGAUUUUAUAUUGCACUUCAAGAAGAGUCUUGCGAUAGUAAAUUGACCUGCAGAGCUAGCUUUGUCAAUAUGCUGUUAUUUACCACAACAUAUCACUUUGCAUCAGUUGCAAAGAUGCUAUUGUAGAGUUGUUUGGUACCCUUGUAAGUAGGAAGAUAAUUUCUCUUUAGCUUGGUUACAAAUGAAACAAGGCCUGUGCAAUCACUUUGCCUGUUCAUUCCUCUGUCUGUCAGCCCUUCACCCCCCACCAGUAAUUCCCUAGUAUCUGAUACUCAGCCUUUAACAUGUAAAGCGCUUUGUCAUCAGAAGUAAUUGCAAAGAAUUUACAGCAGAAGAAAAUACAAUCAGGCUAGAAAUUUGUGUCAAGUAACAACAAACUGAACAAGACACCUGGAUAGUGGCAACCAUCUGAGAAAUAAAAUUUGGGAUCAAUAAGGGGACACAAGUAUUCAGUCUAUGUCCAAAUAGCUGAUUUGAUAAACAAGUUAAUAAUGUAAGCAGUAUUUCUAGUAAUGGAUACGGCUGUUACAGAGCAUGCAAAUGGGAAGCUUUUCAUGCCUUUUAGAGGGCUGCCAGUGCAAGUUUGGAGUUAAGGCACCUUUGUUUGUUGGUCUGUUUGUCCUCCUGUAGUCCUGUUCUAAACUGCGCUUGUAAAGCAGUCACCCUAUCAGCCUUCUUGGGAUGGCUGAGGUAGGGGCGACCUCCCAAAAAAUACAGAGAGUUACAGGUCAAGACGCUGUUUUGUAUCCUGGAAGCACUAAUGCACUCAGCCUAUGCCUCAGCUCUCUGGUAAGGCUCAAGUUGUUGCAGACAGAGGAGCUGAAAGAAAGGAAAACUGAAUAGCAUGCUGAGACACUAAGUUACAAAUGCAUUUUUCACAGUAGCCAGUGCAUGCAGUUGGAUGGCAUACGGCUCUUCACAGCUGUCAUUCUGUACUAGCUGUUUCUCUUAUCUCAGCCCAUUUAUCAUUUUACUUUUGCAGUGCUCUUCUCAAGCCUUCUCUAAAUGUUAUGACAGCUUCUAUUCUGUGAAAUUGGGAAGCUGUGAGAAGACUAUAGUCAUUGCUAUUCCAACAAAAGCCAGGAAAGAAAUAAUUUCUUUAAUUAUUGUAAGAGCUUCUGCUCUUUUCAGUUCAAAUUCUCUUAUUCAUAAGUUCUGUAAAGAACUGACAACUAGUUAUUAGAGGUUUCCACAAGACUGGGAGUAAUUAAUGGCACUGUGAAUAGCAUGGUAUCAGUGUAGUCUACUGUAUUACAUUAAUGUGAUCCUUCAUGAUUCCUAAGCUGUGUAGCCUUUGAAGAAGCCUGUUUCUAUUUUAUGGACAAAUUCACUCCUAGUAUAACUUCAUUUCCUUAAAGGCAGUGAUGCUGUCUCCAUUUUUACUGGAGAGCUGGUCACACCACAUACCCAGAGAAAAAAAUAGAAGCCAGUGAGGAGCAACUAGGACAUAGGCAAAGCAUACAAUCAUAACAGAAUAUUUCCAACAAAUAUUUUGGACCAGAUGAUCUCCAGAGAUGCCUUCCAACCCCAACCAUUCUGUGAUUUUUCCCACUGAGGAAGAAGUGUUUCCAGAGUUUCCUAGGAGCAAGUUUUAACCCUAGGCAGCAAAAAGAUGCACAACACAUUUUUUUUCUUAACGAGGUUUGCAGGUUUUCUUUGACCAGUUCAGUCGCACCUGCUGCAUACAGCCUCUUAGGAGCAAGGAUUCUUUGUGCCCUCAGCCAGGUUUUGGAUACCAGGUCUAUGAUAGAAAAAAAAUGAUAUCUAUUUAAAAAAAAAAGAUAAACUUUUGAGUAAUCAGAACUCGAGAAUGGUUGGGGGGUGGUUUGUUAUCCCUUGCUGGAUCAAAAAUAUGAUCCCAAGAACUUCCAGGUAGAAGUGGGAGUUAGCUGCUUUUUUCUUACAACACCAUUAGCAGUAAUUAUGCAGGCUAAUAAAUUACAAAUAAUACAGUUACAUUCUUAAAGAAGUCUCCUGCUGCAAUAAAUAGUAUCAAAAGCAGAUGCUGGCAUUCACUGGCCUAAAGUAUUUCUAUCUUGCAGUCUUUUACACUCACUUCCUAAUCGAAACUCCCCAGGGAUUUAGUGUAAACAGAGAUAGAAGAGUGGACACACCUUGAUUAGACCUUGAUUAGUUUAGAUGUACUGAAACUCAGGUAACUCGGAAGGCUACAAAUGUUGGCUAGAAGUUUAUCAGUUAUGCCACUUCUUAAAAACCUACUUUUUCUUGUAAAAGGCAGAAAUAUCCAUUAGCAAAACAGUUUGAGAAGGAUACAGAUCCACAAGCACUUCACUGCAAUCUCAGGAGAAAUGUUAAAUUUGCAUUUCCUUGAAGUUCUGUUAAGAGCACUGAAUUACUGUUGCUGUGAUAGAAUCAAGUCAGUUUAAAGCCAUCUGCUUGAGGAAACCGCUUAAUAAAGUGAACUCAAGCUAGGCACCCUCAAACCUGAGGGGAUGCAAGAGCAUUGUAAAACAUACUGCUAUGCACCUCCCUUUGUUUUUCUACGUUUCCCUUUGACUUCUGUGCACUUUUCAUGCUUUCGUGUUCAGGAAAAACUAUUUCAUCCUUUCUUUGUUAAAGUAACAUCUUAUUCAGCCCCCUUGAUCAAAUCUUCUCGUGCCAGAACAUUUGCAAGAAGUGAGUUCAUUCUCACAUUCAUACUGAGAACGAAACUAUCACAUUCCUAAACACAGAAAUAUUUGAUUUUACUGGCCCUUUUGCCACCCCCUCGUCUCUCUUUGUGAUUCUUAUUCAUUCUGAUUAGGAUGUAAGCGCCUGCUGAAAGGUUACUUGACAUUUACUUGUCUUUUAAAUUGCUGUAUAGUUCGAGGUGCUACAAAAUCAACAACAAGGACACAUUCAAGAAGAAACUGAGUCCACACUUGGAUUUUUUGUUUAUUCUUAAUGAAUCAAUGUGAUAUCUGAUAAGAAAAGAAAAUGUUUUCUUACAUCAGGUUUCCUAACCUGACAAAGAGUAUUUUAAAUUUUUAAAGUGUUUUUUAACUGUUCAAUUCAUUCUGUUCUAAGUGUCAUUCUUUAAGAAUAGUUUGAGACGUUUUUCUUCAAUACCCAGCGCAAGCAGAUAUUGCAAUUUGCUGUAUAAGAUGUUUAGGCUAACUAGGUUUUUUUCCAACCUGGCAUUUACUUAGUUAACGAAUCUGAACAGCAACAAGUUGAAAACAGAAAAAAAGAAACAUUAAGAGGAAAAUAAAAUGAAGUGAAUAACCUCCCUUGUGUAUCAUUUAUUUAGAGACCAUAAGGGUUCAGAUGUGAAUACCAUGUACCCAUGUUUUCAUUGUGAUUAGAACACAGAGCAAAUAGAGAACAAUUAUCUGUGCCUGUCAGGAGAAAACUCACUUGCUCACUGAAGGACUAUGGGGAUGGCGGGGGGAGAUCAUCCUUUAUGAGCUAAUUGUUACUGAAUUGUCUCAUAUAGACACUUGCACUUUUUCAAGAACCUGUGAUAGGGCCCAUUAUGGGAAUACAAGCAGUCAGUGGACAGGCCUGGAAACUUUUGCAUUCCUAUUAUUGCAUAGAGAACUUUAUUCCUUUUUCUUAUUAAUAUACCAAGUAAUUUGUAGAUGUUAUAAAGUUACCAAAAUAAACAUUAAUGACAUUUACUUAACAUAUCACUGUAAUUAUCAGCUAGACAAUCAUUUCUCAAAUUAGGGAUGAUACAUGACUGACACUAAGUAUCUUCUUCUUGUUCCAACUAGUAUGUCCAGGAGUGGUACUAUGAGAUGAAGAGAUGUGCCACUCCCAAACUGAGGCUUCAGUUCUGACUGAAACCCUCAAAAUGUUUCCAUCAUUUCUCUGAAAACUGUAUCAGAAAAAUUCAGAUGAUUAUGUACUUACAUAUUGCUUAACACUGAAGCCUUUGGUGAGGGAGCAGCAUUCCUCAGGUCUUUCAGAGCUGCUUAAUCCAAACUGAGAGGUAACCCAAAAGGCUUCUGCUCCAUUAAACCUGUUAAAAACAGUUCCUUAAUAAGUAAUUAUGAAUCAUUUAUAGUUAACGGUAUGUAUUAUUCUGACAUUUUUUGCAUAUUUUGGUUAGAUUUGGGGAUUUGACUCUCUUUUAGUGUUGGCUUUUGACUAGGGAAGUUGAAUUGCUUCAUUUGGAGAGAGCAAUAAGGAACUAACUUCACUAUUGCUGAGAACACUUAAUGCUUUAUGACAUUAUUUAAUACAGCCUUAGACACCCACAAUUUACACAGCUAGUCUUAGAAACUCAUGUGACAACUAAUCCAAGCCUAUCUGCAAAGAAGAGAAAUAAAAUACCACAUGGUUUAUUGAUGACCUAAAUUGCAUUUUAUGAUUACUACAAAGUUAAUAAUUGCCUUCAGUAAAAACUGUUUUAUCAAUUGUAAUUAAAAAAAAUUUUUUAAAUCAA